AUGGCUACUUGGCGAGCGGCAACCCUCGACGACGUCAAGGGCAUCACUCAAGUUGCCGAUGAAGUCCACCGCGAAUUGCCAGAAAGCGAGGAUGUCUUUGCAGAACGCGUGAAGCUCUUUCCCGAAGGCUGCUUGGUCCUUGUCAACGGCGAGCAUAUCUGCGGCUACGCCAUCUCGCACCCUAUUCGCAAUGGCCAGCCACCCGCCUUGGACAGCAUGCUUGGGACAAUUGCCUCGGACGCGGACCAGUAUUACAUCCACGACGUCUCUAUCCUGCCCACGCUUCGAGGGAACGGCCUGGCAUCUGCAUGCAUCAACAAGCUGCUUGAGGUCGGAGACAAAUACUCAACUACCUGCCUCAUCUCUGUCUAUGGGACAGCAAAAUUUUGGCGUCGCUUCGGCUUCAUGCCUGGGCCGCUGAAUCCGGUCCUGUCCGAAAAGCUGCGCGGCUACGGGGAAGAUGCAGCUUACCUCCUGCGCCAGAACUCCGCUGAGGGCAGCCGUGGAUAG